AUGUCCUCACCUUCUAUAUCCCCCAACCCAGAAAUACCUCAGUGGGAGACCGUCUUUGUUGUAAAUCUCGAUAUACACAUCAAAAACUCGACAGAAAGUGAUGGCAAAACUAAAGUCAAGGAGGUGAAGUUCUGCGAAGAUGGCAUGUCGUUCCUCAUCUCACUCGAGAACACAAUCAGAGGUACCCUUGAUGUAACCUGCCAGGGUGCAGGGUGCAGAGAAGUUGUAGCUCGUCCAGCGCAUGGUGGUAUCUUGGUGAAGGAUAGCAGUAAUGUCAUCGACACUGACUCAGAGGUUGCAACCCUCACCACGAUGCCUGUAUUUGCAUUUUGA